CGAUAAGGAAUUCGAGGUCUAAUAUAGAACUUUAGUCAAGAUUUUUCAACGUUUUGAUACGGCUAGGAAAUCAAAGGACUAUCAUGUUGCUCAAACUUACUUUAGCGUUCGCGAUUUGUUCUACGAGUUUCGCGUUUCUUGAAUCACUAUUCGGUCACCAUGGUUUCAACAGCAACCCGGAUGUCGUCUGCAUCAUGGAGCACUGCAGCCGUCAGUCUGCCGACUGUAUGGGGGACGCUAACUGUCGUGCGAAUAUGGUAUGCAUGAUGAAGUGCGGAAUGACUAACCACAGCUGUAUGUACGAGUGUAUGAAUACUUAUGAGGAUAAAAUUUUUGACUCUUUUAUGAAAUGCUUAGUUGACGACUAUCAGUGUUUGCAGCUUGUACCGCCGGAUCCGACGUUCAGAUGCUCUCCGCCGACAGCCGUUGUAAAGAACUUUUCACUACCCCAGUUCAAGGGUUCCUGGUAUAUCGCUCUGGGUCUCAAUCGGGACUAUGAUUGUUUUGACUGUCAAAUAUCGUCCUACGCACCCACUCCAAACUCGAGAAACUAUACGUUGUCGGAGAAGUAUGACGUCAAUAUGCUCAACGGUACUAUACGUCACCGCAUCGCCAUACAGCAAGUGGAGCAGAAGGAUAUAUUCAAUGGCGGGAAUCUCGAUUUUACAAACACAAUUAUGGGAUUAACCAUGUAUGAGAAAUGGCAGGUCAUAGACUACGCAGAGUCAGGGAAGUAUGUGAUCAUGUAUUACUGUGGUCACAUGACCAGCGAUUGGUGGUAUGAAGGUAACAUUGUGUACUCACGAACCCCAACCAUCAGCCAAGAUGACUUCAAAGCUAUCGCCGACACACUGGAAACCUCACUUGGACACAAAGUGGAGCAAUAUUGCAGACCAAAAACGCAGAACUGCGAUGUCAAUUCUACUGUAUAAUGUUUCAUUAUGUUACCAAAAAUAGAGCUUUGCAGUUUUC